ACCGACGGCGUGCUGCGGAGCUUCCGCGUCGCCAAGGUGUUUCGUGAGAACUCGGACAAGAUUAACUGCUUCGACUUCAGCCCUAACGGCGAGACGGUCAUCUCGAGCAGCGACGACGACUCCAUCGUGCUCUACGAUUGCCAGGAGGGCAAACCAAAGAGAACCCUGUACAGUAAGAAAUACGGUGUGGACCUCAUCAGAUACACUCAUGCAGCAAACACAGUCGUUUACAGCUCUAACAAAAUAGACGAUACUAUUCGUUACCUGUCCUUGCAUGACAACAAAUACAUCAGAUACUUUCCUGGACAUAGCAAAAGGGUGGUGGCCUUGUCCAUGUCACCUGUGGAUGACACUUUCAUUUCUGGGUCUCUUGAUAAGACCAUUCGACUCUGGGAUCUCCGGUCUCCUAACUGCCAGGGCCUCAUGCAUCUACAGGGCAAGCCAGUUUGUUCUUUUGAUCCAGAAGGGUUAAUUUUUGCUGCAGGCGUCAAUUCUGAAAUGGUGAAACUUUAUGACCUUCGCUCUUUUGAUAAGGGGCCAUUUGCAACAUUUAAGAUGCAGUACGAUCGGACUUGUGAGUGGACAGGACUUAAGUUCAGCAAUGAUGGCAAACUCAUCCUCAUCUCCACCAAUGGCAGCUUCAUUCGUCUCAUCGACGCAUUCAAAGGAGUAGUGAUGCACACGUUUGGGGGUUAUGCCAACAGCAAAGCUGUCACACUGGAGGCCUCUUUUACUCCAGACUCCCAGUUUAUUAUGAUUGGUUCAGAGGAUGGCAAGAUCCAUGUUUGGAAUGGAGAGAGUGGCAUAAAAGUAGCUGUGUUGGAUGGCAAACAUACAGGCCCAAUUACCUGUUUGCAGUUCAACCCCAAGUUCAUGACCUUUGCCAGCGCAUGUUCCAACAUGGCCUUCUGGUUGCCCACCAUUGACGACUGACCAUGAUGCUGUUUGGCUGUUUCUGUACAGUGAGGGUGGCCAGCAGGAAAAAACUCAGAGGGGACUGAGAUAUUAGUGGGACUGGAUCAUUUGACUGGGCCAGAGAGCAUCCUUCCACACGGCCUUCCCAUGGAUGUGCUGUACAUCUGCUCAAAAGAAAAAAAUUACUUUGCCAAGCUUCUUCAAAAGGACUCUUGGUGCGGCAGAUUCAGUUGGGACUCAGAUUUUCUAGCCUGUCAAUUGCACCGAGCUCCCCAGAGGAGUGACCAGACUAAUAUUAGGGUAUAAUGGGCCCUUAAGGCGUCUUCAGUUUUGAAUGUAUUUGCUGCUGAGGAGCCAGUGAAGUUAUUCUGCACAUCCCUUCUCCCACCCCUGUAAAUGCAUGGGAAGCCACAGUUCUGGUUUUGAGAUGCUAGAGCAGCUCAGUGCCCCUUGCCCUCACCCUGCAUGUCUUAUUACUGGGUCUCCCCGUGUUAUUGUGGUGUAAUCCACAACCAUCAUGUUACUUAGGUGCCAAACAUUUACAAAAAUAAGUCUUCAUAUAUCUUGGGGUCAGAAAGGGACAGAUACAGAAAGACCUUGCUUGCCAGGAAGCCUUGGAAAUUAGUCACUUGAGGGUGGGUGAUCUAGACAUGCCUCAGGCUCUGGGUUUUGGGUGGGAAAAGGCCCAAGAGCCUGAAAGGGAGGAAAGGGUAGCAGGUGAGUUCCUAGGGCCAGGAGGUUUUAGCCGCAGCCUAGAGUGGUCCCUCGUCAUCAAGACAAACCCAUGGUCCUCCUGGAUGUCUACCCAGGGUGGUCAUGUACAAAAGCAAGGUGGGAGUCUAUUUUUGUACAUGAGAUACAUCACACUUUCCUGUGGGCCAGUAUUGUGGAGUGAGUCUGAGUUGUUUACACUGAUGCCUUCCCUGCCCACCACAAAUUGUGUACAUAGUCUUCUGAUGAUACCACCCCUUCCCAGCUCUCAACCAUGAGCUGGCGCUAGGCCUGUGUUAUAUGUUAUAUUUAGCCUUUUUAUAUAUGACCUGGGAUUUCUGUUGUUUGUAUUUUAGCACAGUGUGUACACCUUCACUUAAAUAUAUCUGUGUAUGUGCAUACAUAUAUAUGUAUAUGUACAUAUGUAUGCAUAUACAUAAAAUACCUGUCAUUUCUCAGAGUUUAGCCGAAGGACAUGGAAUCCUCCAGCCUGGGGGGAAGACUGCAUCGUUGCUAAUAGUGUUCGCCACAAGUGUUAGUGAGUCUUCCCUAUUACAUUUUCCCUUCAGGAGACUGAAUGGAGCAAAGCUUCAAGUGUUUGCUAUUCCCAUGGCAGCUAUUUGAGGGUCUUGGGAUGACUCCCUUGUGUUCUUCAAGCCGCACUUUGGGGCCCUUUCUGCAGUAUUAGCCCCCUUUUUUGCCUGGUGAUGCUCUGUCUGCACCUAUAUAUGUGUGACAGUCACUCUUGCAUGCCUUUUGUGUCUGGCUUACAGUAUUUGGGGGCAGGAUGCUAGAACCACGGCAUUUUCCGUUUGUCUGAGGCUUUACCAAUUACAGGUCACUCCUGUUUACCUGUUAUGUCUUUCUUGUUUUUUUCCCUUGCCUUCUCUUGGGAGAGGGGGAGGGGUCCUGAUCAGGGUUGAGAUGAGCUGCGGCUGGCUUAUGGCCUUUUCUCCCCUGCAUGACCUUCUUAGAGCAGGAUGAAUGGCAUGUUAUUUCACUAAAUUCCCAAACAUUUAAGCAGGUAACAUAUUCCCUGCACAUCCAGAAACAGAUUGAACAAGGUGAUUUGUCCAAGAGGACUCACCCAAGAAUAUGUAUCUGCUAGGGGGAAAGCAAGCCAUUACUGCCUCUGUUCAGCAGCAGGAAUAGGCUAUGAAUUGCAAGCAAUUACAGAUUUGUUUUAGCAAUUACUUUUUUUUUUGGCUAAUCCUCAUCCGAGGAUAAUUCUUUUCCAUUGAUUUUUAGAGGGAGUGGGAGGGAGGAGGAGAGAGAAAUAUUGAUGUGAGAGAAACACGUCGAAUGGUUGCUUCAUGCCUGCACCCCAACUGAGCUGGGGAUCGAAUCUGUAACCCAGGUGUAUGCCCUUGACCAGGAAUCAAACUUGGAACCCUUCGGUGCGCAGGCUGAUGCCCUAACAAGUGAGCCCCACUGGCCAGAGCUAGCAAUUACUUUUUGAUUUGUUCCUGAAACUUAAAGGUCAAGUCUUUCCCAGUGUAGACUAGGACCUGCAGUGUCUGUGAUGUCCACUGUAUAUAGCUCUGCCAUUUCAGAGUGAAGGAUUUUGGAGUGAAGGGAAUUUUAAAGGGAAAUGAACUGAGUUAUUACUGCCCACUCCUGGCUUUCCAGGGUAGAAAAGUCAUGGUAGAGAGUCCUUGGAACAGGGUUAAGAAAACCUGCAUAAUUAACACAUCUGUAACCAGGAAAGCUACCAAGCAUAAAUUGCCUGUCAGCAGGAAAGUGAUUUGUAUUGAGUUCCUGUGUGUCCAAAGAUGAGGUACCAUGUCCUUUGAAAAUAGGGACUGCAUGGCCUCUAUGGGGACCUGUGGCUGCAGAGCUGACUCCUGAGUUGGGAAGGAAAGGGAAAAGAUGCAGCUAGAGGUGACUGGAGAUGAUGUGGUGGUGGGAAUAAGGCAGAAUAAAGGGAGGAAAAAAUGCUGUGCGCCAGAGAGACUGAGGGCUGGGGCUGCAAGGAUGCUCCCAGUUGGAGUCCGAGGUGCUUGAGUUCCCAGUGGGGAGGGGCUGCUCACCACUCUCAAUUCAGGGCCAAAGCCACUGAUUUGUAUGUGACAGCUACAACUGCUGCACUGCUCAGCCACCAGCUAGUGGGUUAUUAUUUUUUUUAAUAAUAAAACUUCCCUGUUGCAAUAAUUAGUGCUUAUUAAAAUUGGGGAAUUUUAAAAAGAAUCAGUCUGCAACCCUAAUGCUACCAUUGUUAAUCUUUUGGUGUUAAAUGUUCCUCUAGACAUUUUUGUGUGUAGAAUUUUGGUGUGUUUACAUAGUUGUUAUUCUGUAUAUACAAUUUUAUGUCCCUUUUGUACUUAACAUAAACAUUUUUCCAUGUUAUUGGUCUUAAACAGAA